CUUGCCUUCUUUUCUUUUUUCUUGUGGUUCAAACUGUGCUUUAGAAAGGGAGUACAGAGGGAGUUCUCUACCACUUGUCAUCCAUUGAAAAAGGACUAACGGGACCCACCCUUUCUCUGCCCCCACCUCCUCCUUCAGCUCCACACACCUGCUUUGCUUUGGCUGAACACUUUUUUAGUGCAAUUACACAUCGGCCUUGAGAGCUACACUACAAACCCCCUCCCCCUCCUGGAUUUGGGAAAAAAACACAGGUCUUCUCAAGCUCUGUGUCUUCUGUGAGAUCUCAAUCAUGAACUCGACCAUCCUUCUCCUGCUGUUGGCCACAGUUGCCUGGGCAAAACCCUUUCGCCAAACAGGCUUCCUCGAUUUCAUGUUAGAAGAUGAGGGGUCUGGAAAAAAAGAAAUUGAUGACAAGGUAGAUGAGGAAAGUCCACCAACUGAGCGACCAGAUGUACCUGAAGGGGCGGUCUGUCCCUUUGGAUGCCAGUGCCAUCUCCGGGUGAUCCAGUGCUCAGAUUUAGGUCUGAAGAAUGUGCCGGCUGAUAUUCCCUCAGAUACAUCUCUUCUGGACUUGCAGAACAACAAAAUCACUGAAAUCAGAGAGUUUGACUUCAAGAACCUAAAGAUUUUACAUGCUCUGAUCCUCGUCAACAACAAAAUCACGACCAUACACCCCAAAGCCUUAAUCCCCAUGGGGAAACUACAGAGACUCUACCUGUCUAAGAACUUCCUGAAGGAGAUGCCAGUCAACAUGCCCAAGAACCUGCAGGAGUUGCGCAUUCAUGAGAACGAGAUCGCCAAAAUCAAGAAAUCCUCAUUCGAAGGGAUGACCCAAGUCAUUGUGAUGGAGCUGGGAACAAACCCACUGAAGAAUGUAGGAAUUGAAAAUGGAGCCUUCCAAGACCUGAAGAAGCUGUCCUACAUCCGGAUUUCAGACACCAACAUCACAGCCAUUCCUAAAGGUCUCCCCAGCUCAUUGUCUGAGCUCCAUCUUGAUGGCAACAAAAUCACCAAAGUAGAAGCUGCCAGUCUCAAGGGUCUCAACAAUCUCAACAAGCUUGGUCUGAGCUUCAACCAAAUCAGCUCAGUGGAAAAUGCAACCCUUGUUCAUGUCCCCCACUUGAGAGAGCUGCACCUGGAUAACAAUGCUCUCGUCAGUGUGCCCCCUGGCCUGCCCGAGCACAAGUACAUCCAGGUUAUCUACCUCCACAACAACAAAAUUGCUGCAGUCGGGACAGAAGACUUCUGCCCUCCAAGCUACAACACAAAGAAGGCCAUGUACUCUGGUAUCAGCCUUUUCAGCAACCCUGUUCCAUACUGGGAGGUCCAGCCUAUCACCUUCCGCUGUGUCUUCGAUCGCUCUGCCAUUCAGCUCGGAAACUACAGGAAAAAAUAAACCCUAAAUGCAAUUUCCAUCUCAUCCCAAACCUCAAACCCCACGAAAGAAUUACCAUUUGUAUUAUAUGCAAUUUCAAUUUUACAAAUUGCUGGAAUCUGGCAUAUUUUGAUACAAAUUGAUUGGUUUUUAAAAUAACAAAAAUAAGUCAGUUUGCAAAAGGGUCUAACCAUUGAUAAAAUGCACGCCACAUUUAAUCAGUGGCAAAAAGUACCCUUAACAAAAAGCUGCAUACUUAUACUAGUAUGUUAUUACAUGUGUAAUGCAAGUAUACAAGACGUGUACCAUUGAGAUUCUAAGUACAACAUGUAAUGUACUAUUUGUUUUCUUUUUCUAUGGAAUGUCAGGAGAAGUAGAGUUUUAUUUUGUCACAUUUCUGUAUUUCUUUUCCAGGCUUGCUUUUGUGUUGUUGUGUUUUUUUUUUAUUGUAUUUUUUUUUUUUUUUAACUUUUAGCACCUUUCCAAAUUGCCCCUGUAAUUUCCCUUUUUAAGACCAAACCCAGGGUAAAUGCUAUUGUUAAAGCUUUAGAAUAAACAAUAUACAUAUAUACAUAGAAAUGUUGUCACUGAAACUAUUAGCAUGCUUUUUUUCUGCAAGCUGUUUUAUGGAUUACAGCUCUUUAUAUGAUUAAGGUGGAUCAGAGACAGCAGGCUGAUAACACAGAGAGCACUUGCAUCUCUGAGAAAAAGGAAACUCCCACCCAGGUGGAGCAGUCCAGGUAUAAAUAAAACAAGUUAAUAAUAUAACUGUCACUACAUGCACACUGAAUUGGUCUUACUUAAUAUGUGUCCUUAACUACUGGUUAUCUAAAAGAGUGUUUUACUAUGAUGAUAGUCACUACAAUGCCUCUGAAUAGUAUCUGAAAGUCCUCCUAAAUGUUGCUUACGAUACGUUCUGUAUAAAUAUAACAAUUGUUUCUCACUAUGACUCAUGCAAGCCCUGCUGACCACAUUAUCCAGCUGUGUACAUAUACUGUAUAUUUACAGAUAACUAACAUUGAAUUGUUUAAUCAGAGUAGAGUUCAUACCUUGCCUGUUUCUCAGGACAGACGAGCUUUUGGUUGGUUUAGUUGCUGGAAACUGCCCAUAUAUACGUCUUAAACAUAUUAUCAAUUUAAAAAAUUGACAUUGAUUUAGCAAACUCUUCCACUCAAACACCCCACAAAAGAUAUAAGCCUGUUUUAUUUUCUGUAAUAAUAAUUGUGCAAAAGCACAUUCGAGUAAAUAUAUUUGAGUUACCAAGACCAUGUUUUGCAAAACCAAUGUAAUAUACCAUACAUGCCAUAAAUGCAAGUUUUCUGUCAAAAAAUACUUAACAGCUAUGGUUUAUCACUAUUGUAAAAACAAUCAUAAUGUCACUACUAAAUGUUGUUAGGAAUUGGUGUGGGGUAAAGCAUGGGCCCAGAAAUAUACUGAAUCAUUUUUCAGUAGACCCUUAGAUAGGUUCCCUAAGCAGUCCUCUCACACUUAAAAUCAGUUUCAGGUAUAUUAAGUGGUUUCUCUGAAAAUGGUGCACUAUAAAUGCAUGCAAUUCUUAGUGUAACACGUAACACUUUUUGGUAACUAGAAAUCCUGCACUGGUUGCAUGAAUUGAUUCAAUUCAGAUAAGCUUAUAAAAUCAAUACUUUGCCAUUAACACGUGUACAACAGCUUUGAGAUUUAUGUAGCCAAAUGCGCUGGGCGCAAUUUACCACCAGGUGAAUACCAAAAAAAGAGUUUGAAGCCUGGAGACUCAUAAUCAGAACAUUGGGUAAUAUAGAUUUGUUCCACCAUCUGAUGAGAAGCCAUUAGUUCUUCUGCUUCAGGAUGACCUUUAAAAUCAUAUCAUAUAAAGCACAAUUUUGUAUAAAACAUGUGUAAAAUGAAAAUGUAUUCUAUGUUGGUUGUGGCCAUUUACCCUGUCUAAGAUUAAAAUGCAAUUGCUAACA